AUGGAGUUACGAGCAGCAUCCAUGGCCAGCGUGACCGACAUAGAAAAAAGUGUCAAAGAGCUAGUCACGGAGAACAAUCUAUGGCUGGUUGGCCUUUUGGCGCCUCACCAGGAUGUGAGGGAAUCAACUGCGAGGAGUGCUACUGGUGGAGGAGUUCCCGAGCAACACCAAGAUCUGUCACAACCUCCGAGGAGGAGGACAAUGAGAGUGACCAUCAGGGAACCCUCCAGCACCCCACGAGCAGCUGUUGCCCCUGCUCCACCAGGAAAGGGAAAGCAGAAGGAAUCUGAACACCCCGAGCCUAUUCUUGAAUCUUCAGAUGAGAACGUCAUGUCAGCUGAAGAUCUGUUCGACCUGUACAACGAACUUGAACCCGCCGCUCCUCCGAGCAAGAAAAAAGGGAGUAGGCAACACCACGGAGAGAGCAGCAGCAACCCUCUGACAAAAAAGGUUCGGACUGCGGAUCCUCCAAUGCCAGCUCCUUCCAAGGAAACAACACCUCCUCCAGCUCCCAUCGACCGAACGUCUCCGCCAGCCCCUGUCAACCAGACACAUCCUCCAGCGCCUGUUAACCAACCUCCUCCAGCUCUUGCUGACCAGACACCUCCUGAUCAGACAGGAGAAGAUUUGACAAACAUUGUGCUUAGUUCGGCCAAGGAUACACUGACUAAGCUAUCGAGGCACCGAUGCAGCCGAGAGGCCAUCAUCGGUACCGACUCCAUGGAGGUCGACCAGAUCAUUAACCGCGCGCUUAACGAAGUGCUCAGCGGAGUUCUAACCAUGAGCGCUAGCUGGCGUCGCUUGGGAGCCCUGACUGCUCAAUAUGAGAAGAGACUUGGUGAGCAGCUUAAGGCAUCCGAGGACAGACAUGCUGAGGAGCUUGAAGCGUCCAAGGCCAGACACGCUGAGGCGCUUAAGAUGGCUGAGGCAAAAUACACCAAGCAGCUCGAGGCAGCCAAGAAGAAAAACGCUGAGCUGCUCAAACAGAAGGGUAAGCUGGUCGAAGAGCUGAAACAGCACCAGGCUACUUUGAUCAAAGCCAUCAAAACUAAAGAGAAGUACAAGGAGGCUUCUUUGCUUAAUUUUAAGGAAGCCUCUAAGCUUCAAGAUGAUCUGGUCAUCAGAAGAAAGGAGACUGAGAGCUAUCUCUCAGAGCGUAUGAGGCAGACUGAGAUAAACAGGUGCCUGGCCCGCCUUGAAGAGGAAGAGCGAGUGAGAGUUCCAGGAUCCCCUGAAAUCUCUUUGGCUACGGGCAUCAAGGGCGUAGAUGAGGAAAUUGGGGCCUCCGUCGACCAGCAAACUCCUCAAGAUCCUCCGGCUUCAUAA